UCUCCAUCUCCAUCUCCAUCUAAUUCAACUCCACACGCAUCACCGAUCAUCUGCAUGCGUAUAUAUAAACUCCUGCAUCCGCAUCAAUCUCUCGUCGAUCGAUGAGCACAAGCAAGAAGCAAUAAAUCCACCACCCUACUCGAUUACGACCUAAGGAUUAGUCAAACAGCUGAGAUUACUAUCGGGAGAAGCUCAGCUCAGCUCAGCUCGCCAAUGGAGAUGGCCAUGGAGGAGAAGCCCGAGUCGUCAGCUCUUCCGAGUAGCGUCGUCUCCACUGUCGCCUACUGCUGCGGGGCGUGUGGGUACGACCUGAAGCUGAGCUCGUCGGCGCGGAACACGGCGGGCAUCGUGGUCGCCGGCGGCGGCGGGAGAGGCUACCGGCGGCGAGGCGGCGGCGUGGUGAGGUUCGACGCGAUCGAGGAGGCGCGGUUCGGGCACGUGGACGAGUUCCGGUGCGUGGACGUGCGCGCGCGGCGGCUCUUCACCCGGCGCACCCGCCUCCUCUGCCGCAAGUGCGGCGCCCACCUCGGCUUCGCCUACGACGACCGCGCCGCCCGCUCCCCGGCCUCGCCGCCGCCGCGUUACGACAUCUGCAUCCGCGCCCUCCACCCCGUCGCCGACGACCUCUGAAUUCAAGUCGCUCUCUUACUUUGGUUUAUUUUUUGGGUAGAAAAAAGUUGUUUGCUGUUUUUGUAAGC